AUGGUAAAAUUAGAUCGUUUUGAAAUAAUCUUUGAUAACCCAGAAAAUGCCUAUUUUGCUGGACAGGAAGUUUGUGGAAAAGUUAUUAUUGAGUCAUCAGAGGAUAAAAAAGUUAAUGAAAUAUUACUUGAAAUUAAGGGAAGAGCUAAAACAUAUUGGAGUAAAGGUACAGGAAAAAAUAGAAAACAUUGUGGUCAAAGUGAACCAUAUUUUUGUGAACAAUUUAAUACUAAAUAUACUCAUAAAUUUUCAAUAAUUUCAGGAACAAAUAAACAUGAGAAAGAAAGAAUAUUACCAAAAGGAUAUCAUGAAGUACCUUUUCAAUAUACUCUUCCUAAAACAUUACCAACAUCAUUUGAAGGAAGUUAUGGGUAUGUUAGAUAUACAUGUAGAGCUAUAUGUGAACGUCCAUGGGAUUUUGAUAUUUGUACAAAAAAAUUAUUUACUGUUAUUGGAAUAGAAGAUAUGAAUGAUGAUAGUAAAUUAACAACACCAAUGACAUGCCAAGAUACUUGUCUUUCACCUUCUACAACUGUCUCUAAAUUAUGUUGUUUUAAUAAUAAUGGACAACAACAAAUUUUUUUAGAAUUAUCAACAGAUAGAUUAGGUUUUACACCAGGUGAAACAUUAUCAUUAAAAGGUAAAAUAGAAAAUAAAGGAAGAAGUGUUUUAAAACAUGUUAAUAUAUCAUUAAUUCAAGAAGUUUUAUAUAAAGCAAAAAAUUUUAGUGGUUCAGAGUUUGAAAAAAAAGAGUGUAAAGUAAUUUUAAAACGAAAUAUUGGUGAAAUCAAAGGAAUGUCAACAUUUGACUUGUCAAAAUCCCCUGCUUCAGAUAUAACAUUUUUAUCAUUACCACCAUCACUUUCAACUUGCUCAUUAAUAAUAAUUACAUAUAAAGUUGUUUUAUCAAUAUCACAACAAUCAUCUAUAUACAUUCCAAUAACAAUUGGUACAAUUCCUCUUUUAAGUGAAAUAGUUACAAAACAUAUAAAAAAUACAAAUAAAAUAAAAACUAAUAAUAGUAUAAAAAAUUCACAAAAAAAGUCUGAUGUUAAGGUAACAGUGACAGAUGAAUGUGGUAUAACAAUAAAAACAACCCCAACACCAAGUAGAUCAAAUGAACAUAGUGAAAUUGAUGAAAGUGAAUUAAUGUUACCUAAUAAUAAUGAUGAUCUGGGAGGUAAAAGUUUAUUACUAGCUAAUGGACAUGGAACAUCAACAAUUAAAAAACGGGUUAGAAUGGCUAGUUCAAUAUUAAGUGAAAUUUAUCCACAACUUCCAUCACCAUUUUUUAAGGAAUCAUUCUUUGGUCCAGUAAAUGUUAUUGAUGAUAAAGAAGAGGGUUAUUUUGGUGAUAAAAGUUUUACACCAAAAUAUCCUGUUUAUUUUGAUGAGGAAUAA